UUGACGGUGCGGAAGGGGGAGUGGAGAGACGCUGGGAGAGGACUCAAACACUCACUCACAUACACUCACACACACACGCAUUCAUCAUCCUCGCACAUACACACACACUCACACACACUCACUCACACACACUUUGGAGGAGGAAGAAGACGCACCGAAAGACGCACGAAGGUCAGCGGCUUUUUUACUCAUAUUCUGCGGUUUUUUCCCCUCCUUUCUCUUAACGGCAGUCGAGAGAGAAAAGUUUCCAGAAACAGAGAGGAGAGGAGAGUGGCUCAGUCUGAGCACGCAAACACAAGCAGGCGCGCUUCUUUUUGUCUGUGUGCGCCUUGGAGAUAAUUCUUGUCUUUAUUCGUCUUUUGAAUUUAGAUUUUUUUUCCUCUCUUUUGAAUUUUACGCACUUCGCUGCUGCUGCGGGACCUCUCCUUUGCGGGUUUCUUUGUGCGCAAAUUGACACUCAGGAGGGGUAGUGUGAAAAGAAGAAGAAGGAGGAGGAGAAGAAGAAAGGGAAGACGAGGAACCGGACCAGGGCGGACCAGAGGGGGGCAAAAACUCACCAGGUAUGGCAGCGGUGUUGCCGAGAACCCUGGGUGAGCUGCAGCUCUACAGGAUCCUGCAGCGGGCAAACUUGCUCUACUACUACGAGGCCUUCAUCCAGCAGGGCGGUGACGACGUGCAGCAGCUCUGCGAGGCCGGCGAGGAGGAGUUCUUGGAGAUCAUGGCCCUCGUCGGCAUGGCCAGCAAGCCACUGCACGUGCGCCGCCUGCAGAAGGCACUGCGAGACUGGGUCACCAACCCCGCCAUCUUUAACCAGCCCCUCACCUCGCUGCCCGUGUGCAGCAUCCCCGUGUACAAACUGCCCGAGGGCUCACCCACGCUGCUCAGCGCUCAGGACCGCGCCAGUACCGCCAGCGUCAAGAUGCCCAAAGCCAUCGCCGCCGCCUGCUCUGACCCGGGGAAGCUGGACGUGGCAAGGGACAAAGUGUCGGCCGGAUCACCACUGCAGGGCAGCAGCGAGGUGAGGUUCUGGUCGGGCCACAGCAAUGAUAGCGAGCACAGCCUGUCUCCGUCAGACCUCGGCUCCCCAUCUUCGCCCAGAGAGGCUUUAGAAGCUCUGGACGCAGCCGCUGUCCAGUCGGUCAUGGAGUGUGUGGACAGAAUGGCGCCUGGCCUCCCAAAGGCGGACCUGGCUGAGGUGAAAGAGCAGCUGAAGAACAACAAGAAGCUAGGAAAGAUGAUCGGACACAUCUUUGAAAUGAGCGAUGAUGAUCCGCGAAGGGAGGAGGAGAUCCGGAAGUACAGCGCCAUCUAUGGACGCUUUGACUCCAAGAGGAGGGACGGCAAGCACCUGACGCUUCACGAACUGACGGUGAACGAAGCGGCGGCACAGCUCUGCAUGAGGGACAUGGCUCUGUUGACACGCCGCGACGAGCUGUUCGGACUCGCCCGGCAGAUUUCCAGGGAGGUCACCUACAAAUACACCUACCGCACCAGCAAGUCUCGCUGUGGAGACCGAGACGAGCCGUCACCUAAAAGAAUUAAAACAGAGGAGAACUUCUUCGACAUCCAGGAGGCGCUGCAGGCCAUCCACAUGCGACAGGAGAUGCUGAGGGAGCAACUGGCGUGCGCCAAGUCGAAAGGAGAGGAAACCGUUGGACGAAAUCUGCAGAUGCAAUUGGAGCGUCUGCUGGCGAGGCAGAUGGAGAUCCUGCAGGAUGCCGCUGUCCAGGAACGACUCCAGGCUCUGGACUGGAGGAUCCCCCCCGCCGCCUUAAAGUACCUCAACAAUGCACAGAACACCAACGGAAACGCAGCCGUUGACGCCAGCAGAGACAGCCAAGAUGAACGACCAAUAAACUUGCGGGUGGUAAGUCAGAACAUGCAGGAAGGCGACCUCCCACUGGGCAAGCAGCUAGCCAAUGAACUGAAGCGCCAUCACAACCACAUCAACAGCAACAACAGCAACACAGAUGAGACCAAAACACCAGCAAUAGAAAAUGGAACGUCACAGCGGGCGUCCACGAACGCAGAGAAGAAGACCAUCAAGUCAGAGCCUGAAGACUCCACAUAGUGCCUCCCGCCUCACCAUUUGACCCCCCCCCCCCCUUAGUACCCCGCCCCACUUCAUUCUACUCACACUUGACAGUAUGCAGUUACUAUCCAUCAAUAGAUACUAAGCAAGCACAGACACAGUAGAGCCUUAACAACCAAUGUUGCCUCAUGAAUAGCAUUUAUUUUUCUUUGAUUUAGUAUGUUUGUUUCUUUGUUUUCAAAGGUAUCUGCCAAAGCACCUAAAGAGCAUUUUGAGAAGUUCUUCAGUGCUCUCUGGUCUUUGUCUGUUGAUUAGUUGUACACAUUAGAUGUACCUGUAAUUUAAGAGUAAUCUGUUGCAGACAUUCGUGUCCUCUUUACCUCUGCCUUGGUGUUGGUUUUCCUGCUUUUUUUGGACAGCCAGAGUGCAGGCUGUGAUGCUGGGGCUGAAUCUUAACUCACGCGUAGAUUCAAAGAUGGGGGGAAAGCUAAUUUCUGGAAAACUUUUGCCAUGGUGCUGUAAGUUUAGCUUCUUGAUAACACUUUAUAUUUCCCAAAUCUGAAAGAGAACGUUAUCAGAUUUGGCAUUUAUUUAUUAAAUAUUUAACAACCACGUUUUUGAAAACUUUCUAUAGUCUAAAUGAAUUGGAAAAGACAUUCGUGGUCCCCAGAGGACGAAUCUCAGGCCUUGUUCAGGCUGCUAGCUCAAAUCUGUUCAGAAUUUGGAAAAUAAAAACUUGUGAAAUUUGAUUAUUCCAAACAGGGCCACACCCCAUUUGGAGGUUCCUUAAAAUGAGGGAUUUAAGUAGACUUUCAAAAGCUAAUUUUGGGCUAAUCUCACCUCAUUGUUGUUAACGCUUUAUAAAAGUAAUAUUUAAAGGCGAUGACAUCUGUGCCAAAACUCAGGAUAAAUAGCUAAAUAUUUUAUGUGUCGUGUCUGAGUAUUUUAUUCAGUAUAUGUAGGAAUCGGAAUUUCAGUGAGUCAGUCAGUUACCUACUUUGGUCAAUAUCUCUGGACUAGCAUCAAAUUUAGACAUUCAUACUCCCCAGAAGAUGAAUAAGGGGGCACAUCUACACAGCUAGUUAAUUUUUUUGACAUUUGCAGUUUAGUUUUUAGAAAGUCUGACUAGCAACAAGAGAAGAAAAAAAGAAGAAACACCACGCUUCUAUUCAGCCGGCAGAUCUAUGUUCCUGCCCUCACCUAUGUUCUGGUGAGGGCCAAAGGAGCUCAAUCAAUUGGGGGGAGCUCAGAGUAGCGAAAAAAGCGAAUUGAGCUGGUUCAUUUGACCUGGAUAGCUCUUGGACUUCUAGGUAAAGUGCUUUAGGCACAUCCUCCUGGAAUGAAACCCUGGGUUAGACCCAGGUCAUGCUGAAGAGAUUUUAUCUCUUGACAUUUGCAGUCUGAAUAAAGUCAAAAAAAGCUCUAUAACAAGGAGAUAAAGAAGCACAAAUUUUGAGACAAACGUUUUUGUUGUUCAUGACAUAAAUUACACUUAGUUCCUUCCCAUCACGUUCAGCUGCUUUUGUAUUUAGUGCUUUUUAGCAAGAUGGUGGCUUAAUGUCACUGUGACCACUUUAGUUGCUAAUACUAGCAUUUAGCUCAAAGCAACACACAUACAGGGUGUCUCUAAAUCAGUGUAAUACUAAACAGAAGCUAACAAGACAUCCAUAAACCUUCUAAAGUCUAAAAAUGACCAAACAUGAAAACGUAAAAAUUUUUUAUUGUAAAAUAUGUUAAAGUAGCAUUUUAAGAUAAAAGUGAUAAAGUUAGAUUUUUUUCAUGACUUUAGAAGCAAAGCCUAACUUUUUAGAAUAACAAGAAGCUUUUUUUUUUUUUAAAUGUAUUUAUUUUUUUUAUUUUAGCUGCGUUUAGCUUGUGUCAUCUUCUGAGCCUCCGUCACUCUCCCAAUCCUAACGUAGGUGUCUGCAUACUGUAACUUGAAACAAAGGUGUAAGUACUGUAGGGAGACUGAGUUAAGAUACAGCCCCUGUAGCAGUUCCUAUUUUUUUAUUGUGUUUUUCAUUUUUUUAUCGUUCACUUCAAAUAGGGAAACUGGCGAGGUGGGAUUAAUCCUCCCUGCCUCGCUCUUGUCUUGUGUAUAUUUAUGGGAUGGGAGGUAAUUUAAAAAGAGGAUGUACAAGAGCUGUUGUGGAGUAGCACCAGGGGACCUCUGUCAUCCGUCUUGGCAGAAUGGCUGGGCUGGCAUGCCAGAGGCCGAGCUAAUUGGUUCAUUUCACUUUGUAAUUUAGCAAAACACUGCUGUUGAACCAAAACCACGCAUCUGCAAACAGGGAGUAUUUCAGGAAUAAAAAGAUGCCUGUGAGGUUUUUUAGAACAGAUCCAACAAGCUCCCAGCAGCCCCAUGGGUUAAGGAAAAAUUUUCUGAAGACAGAAUUAAAAUCUUGCAGGUUUGCAGGUUUUGUUUUUUUAUUUUAAUUUCAACAGCAGCUGGGGGGGAAGGAAAACUCCUGUUUGCCGCUGCUGUGCGUGGAGCAGCAGCCUGGGUCUGUAAAUAGUACCGUGAUAACAAAUAGUGCUAGCCUAAUCUCUCAAACCAGGGUUUUUCCUUUGUCGAGUGUAACUCUGCUGUAGAUUUUGGUGUCAAUACAAUGUUUAUGUAUGUAGAGCAAAAACAUUUAAAAACAAAGAAAAAGAAAUCUUUUAAGUGUCACUGAGGAAAAAAAAUACAACCACGUGAACGUGUCUGGUAUAUAAAAAACAUGCUUUACAUGAUGAUAAUGUUGUUAGCCUUAGCUCUUAACAGUGUUUAAUCCACCUGUGAUGGCCAUCGGUGCAUAUUUCAAAUGUGUUUUUGCUGUUUAGAGGUAGAUACAUAACAAUUAAGUGUUCGCUGUGUUUUUACGUGUUCGCCACAUUGUGUAAAUAUGUCUGUUUGGUCCGAGAUGAUGAUGAUGAUGACGUCCAGACAGUUUUUGGUCAGACUCUUACCCUGCCCCCCUCUACAGAUAGUUUUAGUCUCACUCGGCGUAACGACAGGCCAAUGCAAUAUUUAUGUAAGUAAUAAGUCUAUUUGCAUUUAUAUGGAUUCAUCUUUUUUGUGCUCAGUAACUGUAUGUCUGUCAUCAGGGUGGGAAAUGUUUGUGUUGUCUCGCUUUUAGUGCACAGAGCACCAUGUUUGUAUUUAAAGACAUCAUUCUCCUUUCACAAAAACUCCAUGAGGUGGUUUUGUUUUAACUAGCAAAGACUUGGGCUUGUAAAAAAAAAAUUAUAUACAUAUAUACAUAUAUAUAUCGCUUGGGAAUUUUUUGUUUUGUUUUGUUUUUUCCCAGCCCGAUCGGCUCAAACACUGGCCUUGUUGGCGUGACUGUCGCAUGUCUGAGCUGCCGUCUCACUGAUCACCCUUCUCCUCACUGUUUAUUGUAAAGUGAUAGAUUAGGCUUCACCUAGUUAUGCACCUGUUUUUUAAACACUAAUAUAUUUUAUUUGUUAUACAGCACAUAAACAUUAAACUUUAUUUUUUUGAACUCUA